CAGACAGCUGAUGAUGCUGAAACAGAGUCGACCCUUCCUCCUCUCCUCUACAUUUCAUGAGAUGAGCAUCUCCUCGCCUUAAUUUCUGAGCUUCAUCCAUCACCCCAUAACUUAAACGAAUAUGAUCCCUACAACCACAACAUCCCCAAGAAGCAUAAAGUCCAUGGAAGAUGUGUGGAAAGAAAUAAGCCUUGCUUCUCUUUCUCAUGCUAAUGACGACCACGGUCACUGCCCUCCGGCUGCUGCUGCUGCUUUUCGUGGCAUGAUUUUUCAAGAUUUCUUCGCUACUUCUGCUUCUUCCAACAAAGACAAGGGCCGACCACCACCUCAACCAACAAUUGCAGCACCAGCCACUGUUCUUAGCUUGAAUUCCGAUAUUCAACUCCUUCCUGAAAGUGAAAGCACUACUAGUACCGCUCCUGCUCCUCUAUUGAAGCACCCAGUUAACCCACAACUUUUGCAAACUAGUCAUGCCGCUACGCCUUCCUUUCAUUUUCUCAACUCUUCCAGCUGCUCCGAUGCUUUGGAUUCCUCUUCACUCUUUCAUGUGCCUUCGUACUACAACAAAAGGAAAAGGCCCAUAGAUCAUCAUCAUCAUCAAAGUAAUGAUCAGAAUUCCAGAGACUGCCGGCAUAAGCGCAUGAUCAAGAAUAGAGAGUCAGCUGCUCGCUCCAGAGCCCGAAAACAGGCUUAUACAACUGAGUUGGAACUUGAACUUGCCCAUUUACAGAAGGAGAAUGCUAGGCUCAAAACACAGCAAGCAGAGUUCUUGUUGGCAGCCCCCACCCUUGCUCAGCUUCCAACAACAAAAAGGCAUGCCCUUACCCUGUUCAGAAGCUCAACAGCUCCAUUUUGAGCUAAGGCUCAAACUGACUGUAUUUUAUGACUUCUUUUCUCUUCCAUUUGCCUCCUUCUUCUACUACCUUAAGCUUACCAAAAGAAACAUCUCUAUCAAACAGUAAGGAAAAAAGGUGCUUUGAUUCAUGCCAUGGUAUAGACAGAACCCAGGCAGGCAUUAAUUUGUUACUAUUUUCUUUUGAUCA